CAAGAAGUGAAACGUGUUAUGGUACCUUGGGUUGAAAAAUAUCGUCCAAAAAAUAUCGAUGAAGUUGUUUAUCAAGAAGAAGCUGUUAAUGUCCUUAAACAAUGUUUAAAAGGAGACGACUUUCCAAAUUUAUUGUUCUAUGGCCCACCAGGUACUGGUAAAACAUCAACAAUUUUAGCAUUAGCUCGAGAAAUGUUUCAAGAUCAGUUUUCAUCGAGAGUAUUAGAAUUGAACGCUUCCGACGAAAGAGGUAUUGCUGUUAUUAGAGAAAAGGUUAAACGUUUUGCUCAACAAACUGUAAGUCGAAGUGAAAAUGGAAAUAAGUAUCCACCAUUCAAGAUAAUAGUAUUGGAUGAAGCUGAUUCUAUGACUCAAUCUGCUCAAGCCUGCUUGAGACGAAUAAUGGAAAAGGAAACAAAAUCAACGCGUUUUUGUAUUAUAUGUAAUUAUAUCAGCAGAAUUAUCGAUCCAAUAGUUUCCAGAUGUUCUAAGUUUAGAUUUAAGCCGUUACAACAAGAUUUAGUUAUGGAAAAGUUGGCAACAAUUUGCAAUAGUGAAAAUAUUUCAUUGGAAAAUGAUGUUGUUCUAACAGAAUUGAUAAAAGUAUCUGGUGGAGAUUUACGUAAAGCGAUAACAUUUUUACAAACAGCAUAUCGUUUAAAAGGAGAUGAAAUAUUGACAAUAAAUGAUGUACGAGAAGUGACAGGUUAUAUACCAGAGAAUUGGAUAGAUAUGUUUGUCGAAGCUUGCCAAAAACAAUCUUACGAGAAUGUUGAAGAUGUUCUUAAUAGUAUGGUUGCUGAAGGUUUUUCAGGAGCUCAAUUACUUAAUCAACUUCAUGAUUGGGUUCUUGGUGAGAAUUGUUUAUUAACUGAUGAACAGAUUAGUGAAUUAAUUGAAGCAUUAGCUUUAGCUGAUUACCGACUUCUUGAAGGAGCAGAUGAAUUUUUACAAACUUUCAAUGUAGCCUCAGUUUUCAUACAAUUACUUGGAAAGAAAUAAACCCUAAAUUGUAUUGAACUAUAAA